CUUGAGUGUUGUUCUCGUCACUCGUAGCAGCCAUGGCUUCCCCAAUGCGAUCUCUCGCGUCAGCCUUCAGUCGGCGCCUCGUCGGCCCGCAAGCGUCGGCUCUCUCGCUUCGAGGAGGCGCGGGAGCGCGCCUCGGCUUCGGACGUCCACCCGCCUCCGAGCUGCCAGAGAGCGACGAGCUCACGUGGUACGACGGCACGCCGAAUCCCGAGCCUGCUACAGACGCCAUCCUGCCGAACCUGCCGUCUAACACGGCGCUCCAAUGGCUGGCAGCAGGCCUCUCAGUGUUCGCCCUCGUUGGCCUCGCUGCAGUGGUCAACGACAAGCCCUCUCGGAUCCCAUGGGCCCCCCGGGAGUUCCCGUUCGAUGACGGCCUGCCUGAGUGCACCAAGGACCAGCUGCCCGCUUAAGAUGGCAGAUGCUAGCAUGAGGUUCGGUGCCACUGUGCCAGCCACUGUGAAGAUAGUGCUGUGCUGUAAUAACCUGACACCACCACUACUGUAGGACCACGCGUGCAUCACGACAGGAGGAACCACUGCUCUGUCGUAGCGGUCCGACCCAACACCAUUUGCCACCCUACAUGCCACUCCAAAUUUUCAAACCCCGCUCCAGCUUUGCACCAUAAGGCCGAUCUUCACUCUACUGUUUGGUUCAAUUCUGUUGGGAAUAUCUCAAUGACUUCAGCGUUUCUGAAGUAUAACACCACACUCGAGGAAGAUCGUAACGAGUACGCAAGUCAACGGAGGUUACACGAGGGGGUGGACAAAGAACACGAAAGGACUCGAAGGGUUGCUACCGGAGGUUGCGACUGACCGUUACAACUGCAAGAAUGGUAACCGAAGCGACAAUCGAGUCGCUGCGCGACUCGAUAACCGCCAUUCAACUGUAUUCUACAACUGCUUGUUUUUACUUUCUAUAUAUUGCUGUAUGCUUGGUUGCAACCGGAGGUUGCGACUGACCGUUACAACUGCAAGAAUGGUAACCGAAGCGACAAUCGAGUCGCUGCGCGACUCGAUAACCGCCAUUCAACUGUAUUCUACAACUGCUUGUUUUUACUUUCUAUAUAUUGCUGUAUGCUUGUUCACUUUAAUCAAUCACUUGUUCUCAU